GGUAAAAGUGAAAGAGCUCUGGGGGACAAAGCUCUGUUAAGGCUUAGGGAGAAGAUAAGCAAGUCAGGCGAAGAGGGUGACUUAAAGGUGAAUAGAGCUGGGCGGAGGAGUCUGCAGGAGAUGGGCUGGGCCCUGUAGGAACUAGGGGGCGGUUAACCACAAGCCUGGCUCAGUCCGAGAACUACAGGCAGUGGCCCUAAGGACCUCCCUUAGUUCAGAUUUCAGAUUCUCAUUCCCCCAAGAGCUUGCUCCAGUAUCAGCCAUGCUUGCCGCAGCGGGCUCCCUAGUAGCCUUCAUUUGUUCUGCGCUCCAUCUCCGGAUUUUGCUGCUGGCUGCUGUCACUUUUCUGUUCCUGGCUGAUUUCUUCAAAAACCAGCGCCCCAAGAACUACCCGCCAGGGCCACAGCGCCUGCCCUUCGUGGGUUGCUUGUUCCAUUUGGACCCCAAGCAGCCCCACCUAUCACUUCAGCAGUUUGUGAAGAAAUAUGGGAAUAUGAUAAGCCUGGAUUUUGCUAACAUUCCUUCAGUGGUUAUAACUGGCAUGCCCUUAAUCAAAGAAGUCUUUACUCAAAUGGAGCACAAUUUUCUGAAUCGCCCGGUCACUCUUCUCCGAAAACAUCUCUUUAAUAAAAAUGGAUUGAUCUUCUCCAGUGGCCAGACAUGGAAGGAACAAAGAAGGUUUACCCUAAUGACAUUGAGGAACUUUGGACUAGGAAAGAAGAGCUUAGAGCAGCGAAUUCAAGAGGAGGCUCACCACCUUAUGGAAGCCAUAAGAGAUGAGGGAGGACAGCCUUUUGACCCUCACUUCAAUAUCAACAAUGCAGUUUCCAAUAUCAUUUGCUCUAUUACCUUUGGGGAGCGCUUUGAGUACUAUGACAGCCAGUUUCAGGAAAUGCUGAAGCUACUGGAUGAGGCCAUGUGUUUGGAGUCAUCAUUGAUGUGCCAACUUUACAAUAUCUUUCCAAGGAUACUUCAGUAUCUUCCUGGAUCACACCAAACAUUUUUCAGAAACUGGAGAAAACUGCAAUUGUUUGUUUCUGAUAUUAUUAACAAUCACCGGAGAGACUGGGAUCCAGAUGAGCCAAGAGACUUCAUUGAUGCUUUCCUCAAGGAAAUGGCAAAGUACCCAGACAAGACUACUACAAGUUUCAAUGAAGAAAACCUCAUCUGCAGCACUCUGGACCUCUUCUUUGCUGGAACCGAGACAACAUCCACAACACUGCGCUGGGCUCUGCUCUGCAUGGCCCUCUACCCAGAAGUCCAAGAAAAAAUGCAGGCUGAGAUCGACAGAGUGAUUGGCCAAGGAAGACAGCCAAACCUGGCAGACCGAGACUCUAUGCCUUAUACCAAUGCUGUCAUUCAUGAGGUGCAGAGAAUAGGCAACAUCAUCCCCUUUAAUGUUCCCAGGGAAGUGGCAGUUGACACCAAGUUGGGUGGAUUUAACUUACCAAAGGGUACCAUGCUUCUAUCCAACCUAACUGCACUACACAGGGACCCUAACGAGUGGACCACCCCAGAUACCUUCAAUCCAGAGCACUUUUUGGAGAAUGGACAGUUUAAGAAGAGAGAAUCCUUCCUGCCAUUCUCAAUGGGAAAGCGAGUUUGUCUUGGAGAACAACUGGCCAAGUCUGAGCUCUUCAUUUUUAUCACUUCUCUUUUCCAAAAAUUUACCUUUAAACCCCCAGUCGAUGAGAAGCUAAGUCUGCAAUUCAGAAUGGGUGUCACCAUUUCCCCAGUCAGUCACCGCCUUUGUGCAAUUCCUAGGCUGUGAUAUUGAAGGAGGAAAGUAUGAAGAAAUAGCAUCUGCAUGGAAGACACUGGUCUCUGCUCUCAUUUGAGCAGAGGGUAGGUUAAGGUGACUGAGAGAGUGCAUGCAAUGAGACUAAGGAAACUGAAUCAAUUAUAGAUUCAUUAAGUAGAAAGCCACUUACGUGCUUGGUGGCACAACUUUUCAAUUGAAGACUUGCAGAGAAAAAUGAUUCCUUAAAAAAAAAAAUGGUUGCAGGAAUCAUGGGGAAUGGAUUAAGUGGAUAUGUAAAUCAUAAAAACAAUUAUAAAAGUUACACCUUUACCUUGCCUCCUUCUUUCCUCCUUUCGUUGAUGUGCAUUUGCUUCUGGACUGUAGUCAUAGUUCAUCUAUAUGUGCUUAAAAAAGUAAAUAAGAGUUAUGGUGACUCUUAUGGGGUGAAGGCAGUAUAGAUGUCCACCUCAAGGAUCUCCUAUUUGUCAGAUCUGCAGUUGCCUUGCUUUGCUCUGCCUCUCAGUGGCCGUUUUGAAAGUCAGUAUGGCAGGGUGACUCCCAACAGACAAGCUAAGCAGGUGUAUUGGAAGCAGUUUCUAUGAUUUACAUAGACCUUGACCUUGGACCCAGGACAUGGUAAAAAGUAAGCACAGAAAAGCAAAUUCUGGAAGCAUUCUGACUUAAGAAAGACUUUCUGCAUCCAUACUAACCUUUUUACCUAGGAUUCUCCACUAAACAUUUGUACAGAAACAUUCUUUCACCCUUACUUAUCACCCGCCAGUCAUUUGCAGCAUCUAGCAGAAGCUAUAAACUAACUUAGAGACCUCUGCUAGUUAGCAGCUUACAGAAACAAGGUAUUUCCUUACACUCACUGCUGUUGCUGUCAAAAUCUAAGCCUUAGAGCCUGUCUGUGUUAUCCACAGUGUUAUUAAAAGAGACUUACCCAAAA